ACGCAGCUACAAGAAAGCUAGAUAGCGGUUAGCUGUUGAAGCACUGCUCGGCCUGUUAAACCGUAUUUCUGUUCUUAACACUCUCCCUAUACAUGUCUUCGUUGUAGUCGAUGUUUUCCUGAUAUCCAGUUGUAGUGUCACCACCUAAGGUGGAGGUUUAGCGGCCGUUUUCUUCUGGUUGAAUUGAUUCUGCAGGGGAAGAUGUGCAAUGGAAUGAUCGAGUCAAAGUCAUUUUGGGCCCAGACCACUGCCACUAAACGGAGCUUUGUGUUGCUGCUGGGGCUCAGCUUUGUGUCCACUGCACAAGGAUCAGGAUGUGUGGGGCCAUACAUGGUCCAGAACAGCUGGGUAAACCUCACAGAAAACAACAGGGGCCUGUUCCCUGUGGGCACGGUGCUGCAGUACAGCUGUGACCCUGGUUACCUACCAGAUGGACCCAGCAUUCUCACCUGCACCACGCUGGGACACUGGUCCUCUGAACCUCCUCAGUGUAUACGCACCGGUGCUUGUCUGCCCCUCACCAAACCUGAGAACGGGGGCUACUCCUGCCACCCGUCGCCCUGUCGAAUGUAUCCUCACGGCACUGUGAUCGAGUUCUUCUGCGACGAGGGCUUCAUUCUCAGUGGAGACUACAAUUAUCUGACCUGUGAGGACGGGCAGUGGGAUGGUCCCAUGGAGAUCAGCUGCGUGAGCCAAGGUUGUGUCAGACCCUCCACGGUGCAGCACGGCUCGACUAAUCUGACAGACUCCAACAGGAGCCUGUUUCCUGUGGGCACUGUACUACAGUAUGACUGUGAUCCUGGUUACCUGCCAGCUGGACCCAGCGUCAUCACCUGCACCUCGCUGGGUCUUUGGUCGUCUGAUCCUCCCCGCUGCGUACGCAGUGACGUUUGCCAGCCUCCAUACGUGCCAGAGAACGGAGGCUACAGCUGCCACCCCUCCCCGUGUGGUGGAAGUUUUUCUCACGGCACGGUAAUUCGGUACUACUGUGACGAUGGUUACGCUAUAAAAGGAGAGCAUGAAUUUCACAAGUGUCAGUUUGGAAAAUGGGACACGAGGCCAGUCAGCUGCAUCACGGUGCCAGGCUGUAGAAGACCCCCCCCGGUGCAGCACGGAUCAACUAGCCUGACAGAGAACGACAUGACUAUGUUCCCCGUGGGCGCGACGCUCCAGCACAGCUGUGAUUCUGGUUACCUGAUGGACGGAGCCAGCACCAGUACCUGCACCGCACAAGGUCUCUGGUCCUCAGAACCUCCUCGCUGCAUACGGAACGACGUGUGUCAGCCUCCAUAUGAGCCAGAGAACGGGGGUUACACCUGUCACCCGUCCCAAUGCCAAAGACUCACGCAUGGCACAGUGAUUGAGUACUUCUGCGAGGAGGGUUACAUUCUGAAGGGGGAUUAUAAAUACCUCACCUGUCAGUAUGGGGAGUGGGACAGCCAGGUGAAGCUCAGCUGCCUCAUGAAGCAAGACCAUAACCCGACCUUACCACUGGGGAUGCCCACGUUGUCCAUCGUGGCCUCCACAGCCAGCUCAGUAGCUCUGAUCCUGCUCUUGGUGGUUCUGUUUGUCCUGCUACAGCCAAAACUCAAGUCCUUCAACAGUAACGGCUGAUACCAGCUGACCGGU